UGCCCCAAUGCAGCUAAAACGAACAAGCCCAAUAUGUGUUUAUAAAUGAAUCUGAACGACCUAGAGAUAAUUAAAAUUGUGCAGGCAAAUCCUUGCCUGUACGCAAAAGAUGCGAAAACAUAUAAAAAUAUAGAUAAAAAACAUUGUUGGGAGCAAGUAGGUGCUGCUUUAAUCAAACCGAGAACAAGCGAAGCUGUGCAGAAACGUUGGGACAACUUACGUACAAUGUUUGUGCGAGCCCAUCGCAAACGAAUGGAGUAUAUUCCAUCUGGUUCUGGUGCAAUGGAGGGUCUAGAUGAGAGCAAUGGGAUAGAUUUUGCUUAUUACGCGGACAUAAGCUUCCUUAUUCCUCAUUACAAGCCUCGAAUGACUCGUUCGAACAUGAAGGCUCCUAUCUCCAUUCAAAUACCCUCAUUUACUUCACCAGCAGCUGUAGCUGAAGAGUCUGCAUCAAUCAUUACUCCAACUAAUUCGACUUGGAACCUAGAUUUUACAAAUUCCAUAAGUAUUGUAGAUAAUGAUGACAGCUGCUCUCUACCGUCAAUGUCCACAAAAUCUCCAUCACCUACUUUGUCUCCAACAUCUUCACCAACGCCUGUAAAUAAAAUUUUACAAAAGAAUUUAAAGCAAGUCGUGCCAUUUUCUCCAUCUAUCAAGGCGAUGAAUUCCAAAAAUACAUCAGAAUCAGAAUCAGGAUCUUCUGGCACAUCUGUUGCCAGUAAAUUCAAACACAAAGCGAAUACUGAAGUUGUCAUACCUCCAAGUGACAUUUCCUUUAAACGAAAGAAGAAUGCCAUAGAUGGUUUCCUUGGAGAGACUGCAAAAAUUAUAAACAGAAUGGCUUCUACUGUUGAGACAGUAGUCUCAAGCCGAGGAACUAAAACGUCAUCACUUCCUCAAGAUAAUGAACUUACAUCACUAUCAGUGACAAUUGCUUACGUAAUGCAAGAUGUGCCAAAAACGAAAAGAAGAUUGUGUUUGGUUAAAAUUCUUCAGAUAAUUGAAGAAUUCAUAGAAUAA